GAAGGGCGCCGACGGCUGCGGGGCUGCGGCGGGCGGGCGCGGGGCCAUGGCCUGGGCGCGGAGCGCGGCGGGCUGGCUGGGCGGCUUCCUGCUGCUGCCAGCUCUAGGGAUGAUUCCACCUCCUAAGAAUGUUAAGAUGAAUUCGGUUAAUUUCAAGAACAUUCUACAAUGGGAGUCACCUGCAUUCCCCAAAGGGAAUCUGACUUUCACAGCUCAGUAUGAAAGUUACUGGUAUUUCCAAGAUCACUGCAAGAACACUGCCUCUACCCAGUGUGACUUCUCAGUCCUUUCUAAGUACGGUGACCACACUGUGAGAGUCAGGGCCGAGUUUGCGGAUGAGCAUUCGGAGUGGGUAAACGUCACCUUCUGCCCUGUGGAUGACACCAUUAUUGGACCUCCUGAGAUGCAGAUAGAACCUCUUGCUGACUCUCUGCAUAUGCGCUUCUCGGCCCCCAAAAUUGAGAAUGAGCCCGAGACAUGGACCAUGAAGAACAUCUACGAUUCAUGGGCCUACAGGGUGCAAUACUGGAAAAAUGGGACUUCUGAGAAGUUUCAAGUCACUUCUCCGUAUGACUCCGAGGUCCUCAGAGACCUGGAGGCGAGGACAACGUACUGCAUUCAAGUUCAAGGGUUUCUUCUUGGCCAGAACAGAAAUGGGGAAUGGAGCGAACCUAUCUGUGAAAGGACAACCAGUGAUGCAGAAACGACCCCUCCCUGGAUGGUGGCCAUCCUCCUCGUAACCUCCGUCUUCGUGGUCUUCCUCGUCCUGCUCGGCUGCUUUGGCUUGCUGUGGUUCAUUUACAAGAAGGCCAAGUACACCUUCUGUUCUGGGACGUCUCUCCCACAGCACCUGAAGGAGUUUCUGGGCCACCCUCACCACAGAGCGUCUCUGCUGUUCUCCCUUCCUCUCUCCGAUGAGGCCGAGGUGUUGGACAAACUGAGUGUCAUCAACGAAGAGACCGAAGGCAGCAGGCAGAGUCCGGGAGACGGCUGUGCACUAGGGACCCCAUGCACGCCAGAGCGCCAAGAGCUGGGGUCCAGGAACAAAGCCCCCUCGCCAGCACACGGUGACCCCUUACUUCUUACGUCGGCCUCGGAAGUGUGACUUGUACAGACAGCCAAAGAACCAGGUUUUAAAAGCUCUAGUGACAAAAAACAAAACAAAACAAAAAACACUCCAUUUGGGAGUUCACGGCUUUAUAGACUUUAAUAAUUUAGGGACCAAGGGAAAGCUCAGCUGAUGGAGUGUUUAACAUACGUGAAGUCCUAGCCUCAGUCCCCAACACCGUUUAAGCCAGGCAUGCAGUGUCUGCCUAUAAGCACAACCCUUGGGAGGUAGAGGCAGGAGGAGCAGUAGUUUGAGGCCAAGUUGGACCCUGUCUAAAAGAGAGAGACGCUUUAUUUUUCCUAAUGACCACUGAAUGUAAUUGGAGCCCAUUGUGCUCCCUAAAGUAGAACCAUACUUAAAUUGUGACAAACAGAAAUGAGGGACAAAGUGGAAACGCCAUAAAAUCCUAAGAACGUCUGCAGACUGCCCUCAUCUCCAAAGUGGAAACGCCAUAGAAUCCUAAGAACGUCUGCAGACUGCCCUCAUCUCCAAAGUGGUUGGCCCCACACCGGACUCACAUGGAUGUUUUGGAUUCUCAAGGAUCAAACAGAUUUCCUUUCCUACCUGUAUAUUUUGUGUAUUACCGGUGUUCUGUGAAUACUGUGUUUGUAUGUUUGUGUUUUAUAACUAGCUUCCCGCUGUUAUAAAAAAUAUGUAUAUAUGACAUAAACCAUUUAAAAGGAA